AUCACACACCAACAUCAACAAAUUAUUGUGUUCUCAUAUACAAAAAAGUACUCAAUUAUCCUACAAGUUCACAAAUCUAUCUCCAUGGCGUCCACGAUGCAAACAAUAAGCAGCUCAGCCGCCAGAAACGAGAUGCAACGUUGCCAGCUACAGAGACGAGCUCCGUCUUUAAUUAUCAAACCUACGUCGUCGUUUAGUAACUGGAACGUGGCGAUUCCUCUCCUUUCGCCGCUAGCUCUUUCCCCAACAUCGUCCUUCAACGAAUCCCAUGUCGCUCCAUCGCAGAACAAGACUGAGAAACCGGUGGAAGAGGUGAUGAAGAAGACACCAGUUUUCAAGAAAUGGCAACAUCCGGCGUCCCCGUUCUGCUACGAACAGACGACGUUUGUCCCACCGUUCAUGAAACUUUAAGUAGAAGCGAAGACGAAUCAAAUGAUGGUCCGAGACAUGAACUAUCGAAGGGAGAAUCGUGCUUCAAGAACGUCUCUAUUCGAUGGUCUUGAUGGACUUGAAGAAGGUCGCUUGAGAGCUUCUUCUUCGUAUUCCCAUGACGAACGCGACAAUGAUGAAGCUUUGGAGAAUCUUCAGGAUAGAGUUUCGUUUCUCAAGAGAGUGACUGGAGAUAUACAUGAAGAAGUUGAGAAUCAUAACCGCUUGCUUGACAAAGUGGGGAACAAAAUGGACUCCGCAAGGGGGAUAAUGUCGGGAACGAUCAACCGUUUCAAGUUGGUCUUUGAGAAGAAGUCUAAUCGAAAAAGUUGCAAACUCAUAGGGUAUUUUGUACUCCUGUUCUUGAUCAUGUAUUACCUUAUUAGGCUAUUAAAUUACAUCAAAGGGUGAACUUGAAUACAAGAAGAAAGUGUUACAUGAAUUCUAGAACAAUAACUUCCGUUUUUGGGUUUCUCCUGAUGAAUGAAUGAUUCAGACAUAG